AUGUCGUUGAGAGUGCAAGUUCAGAAGGCGUCAAAUUUGAAAAAUGUCGAAGUUAUCGGCAAAAGCGACCCUUUUACACUGGUUGAAUUCAACGGCAAGUUAUAACGUGUUCCACGAGCGCAUAUUAUGAUAUCGUCUACUAUUUAAUUCUAGCACUCACUUCUCAUAAAACGUUUGCUCUAGGAGCUCAAUACGAACAGAAUUAACGAUGCAACAUUUCGAAUAUUCCGCCCGCUAUGUUUGUUUUACGCAGAAAUCUGCUAUGAAGUAUUUUGAAUCUAGUUCAUUUACUCUUUGCGCUUUUGUAUCUUGUUUUCUAUUUUUUAAAUCAUAUCCAUUUAGCAAUAUUCAUGUUCUUAUUAUCUACAUUGAGCAAUUAACUGCCACCCUAUAGUUCACCCAAGAUAUUAAAAGAGACAUUUUUUCGCACAUUUAGACUGGAAUAAUUGAAAGUGCCACUAAUACUAACGUUUUCAUUAUUUAUGUAAUGGAAGCCUAAAUGAAACUUUUUGUGGCAUACUGUGGAUAUCUGACAUUAUUUCCGAAAUUAUUAUACUCGUCCUCUGCGCGUUUAAUUUAUCAUUGUUAGAACGUUUUUUGACAAUUAUCUGCCUCAAUGUUCUCUAAAUGCGAUCUAAAUUACAUCAUUUACUAGCGGCAAUUGAUUAGGGUAAAUUUAAGAUUGAUAAGGCGGUAGCAGGUCAACGAAAAGAAUCUAAUGUGAUUACGACAAACGCAUAUAUCGUGAUCUGCGAAAGUUUAUGUAGAACUGCGAAGUCUGCUUUGAAUGUACGGUUCUUUUAGCAGAUGCACGGAAGUGAACUUACCUGAGUAAAUCUGAAUAUGGGGUACAUCAGUAAGGAAGUUGUGUCUUAAAAAAUCAUUGAUUGAAAACACCGACAGGUAGUCAUUUUCUUAAGACGGGACAGUGAAACCUCUCUUGUCAGAUCUUGCAAUUGCACGUCAUUGAUCUAGAGGGGCACACGAAAACAGCCUGAUUACAACCAGUUACAUGCCUGCAUUCGAAAGUUGCACUUCUUAAUAUAUCUGCAAGUGCAUUAACCUAGUGAAGUGUCCUGCAUUUUUAUAAUGGGUUCAGUAAAAUCCCAGGUAAUUCUUGUUGAUAUAGAACCCUUACGUUUUUUUUUCAGGCGAAUCACAAAAGACAAAACAUGUAGACGACGAACUUAACCCAACAUGGAAUGAGGUACGUCAAUUUUUGUGGAAGAUAGAUGUUUUUAGACUCUAACAUUCGACUUAAAAGGCAAACCGCUGUCCUCUUCCGAUGAGAUUACGUUCACCGUUAGAGACUAUGACAAAGUUGGCACCGGAAAGUGAGUGCCCCUUUUCAAACAUUUAGCCCAUAGUCAGCAAGCUAGACUAGUUGAUAUAUACAGGUUUUCGUGUUUGCCAUUUGGUUCCACACAUUUUUAGAGAACAUACAAAUGAAAAGGAAAACAAUAAUAUUUACUCUUUAAUUGCUUAUUUUAAUUACAAAGGGAGAAAUAAUGUAAUUCGCUGAGAUGUCCGUCAACAUUUGUAAAAUUAUAAUGAGAACCUUUCGGUCAUAUAUCAGUUAACUACGCAACAUGCUCUAUCAUUCGAAUAUGUAAAUCACCAUCAGAGAUGCAGUAUUACACUGACUGAGAGUAACUCCUUCAAGAAUAAUCCAGUCGCACAUUUAGCAUUGAUUGCUUUUUAUUUCACAAUCAUGUUUGUUGCCGAAACAUGUAUCCUUUUUAAUUUUGUGAAUUCGAACAUAUUUUAACUCGAAAUACUACUUUUGUACAUCGCUCCAAUCUGGGCUUAGUGUCACUUAACUUCUUGAACCUCGGUUCAACAACAGUGCCUGAUAGUUUUUAUGCUAAAUCAUUGUGGUCUGUGUAUUCUAUGAUGUUUUAGCUUGAAGCAGAAAAAUAGUCGUUAUUUUGAAAGACAAAAGGCGCGCUCAUCCCAAAAUAUCAUAUGGUUAUUUCCUUCAAGAUUAUAUCGUAAACCAUUCUGGAGACAACAGAAAAUCUUUUGGUUUAGGCGUAUUAUGCAUUUACCUGUAGCUGUACCUCUUCCACUGUUUCCGUUAUUAUGUUCAAAACACUCGAAAAGUAGAAUCUCGAUAAUGUCUUAUUGACCUUAAUCAAACAUCCACAUGCUGAAAGAGUGGGAUGUGGCCUUGAGAAUAUUUCCUUCACCUAACAAUCCUAUAGAAGAACACCUCUGGAAGAAGUGUAUUAACUCAAGUAUAAUUAAAUUCUCUCAGCACAUAGAUCCUAGCCCAAGUUGGUCGUGGUUGAGUAAGCAUCUUCAGCUGUAUUGUCUGCAUAUAGAUCUGUUUGCACUAAGUAGACUGAUUUCGAGUUAACGUCAUCAGAUAUUAUUUAAUUAUGACUUUAUUCUGGACAUUUUUUAGAGUUUACCCAAUUUUAAAUCUAAGAAAUCCACAGAGUAGUUGAGAACAGAUUUUAAAUCACUAGUCUAAGGGAAUUCUGUUAAAACUUUGUCUAAAAUGUUCGAUAACUUCGUUUGCGUUUGUCCGGCGGCGGUUAGUAGAGCCACUUUAUGCACUCAUGCCUCAACUGCUUUUAAAAUGACCGUCAAUUACACUGUUGUGAUUGUGAUUUCGAGUUUGUUUUGUAUCAAUACGGAUUUAUUUAACUGUUAGUGAAACCCACUAAGAAUAUAUGAUUUAUGGCCAUAUGAAUGCGUAAGAUUCGUUAAAAAGUGUGCUGAAUCCCCCAUUCCAAACUCGAAAGUGUCAAUGCAAUGCACGGUGGAAGCUGGGUUGUGGUGAUUCUUCUAUUGAUAACCUUGUCGAGUGGGCUUUUUCGUUUAAAUUUUUGCCAUCAAAACAUUCAUGGUAAAGGCAUACGUUUGAACCCUAAAUAAAAAACAUGUCUGAUUUUGAGAUUACAAACCGUUCCAAAAUCGAAUAAAGACGGUUUUGGCAAUAUACCAACCUUCAUGUUCUCCUUUAAAGGCAAGCAAUAGCGUUUUUUCUGCAUCUAACUUUUUAAUCACUUCAGGGAUUUAAUGGUUCAUGUGUCUGGGAUCUGAGCUGCAUUUGCCCUGACUCGCGCAAAAGUCAUUUUCAUGUGGUUGAAAUUUAAGGGGUUGAUGAACCCUUGACGAAUUGAGGUUCUUAAUAUUCUGUUAGAAUCUAACCACGCGUUUAGCUGUGUUGAGCGAAAAAAGUAUUCAGGGAGUAACCUUUAUAAUAGUUCUUUUGUUUAAAACUUGCAUUUACCGCAAAGUGAAAGAAGUAGGAUCUGUCCUUCGCAGCAGUCAGGGCUCAGUCUGUCUCUUUUAUAUAAAGAGUGACGAAUCAUCAUCUCGAAACAUACGAAUUUGAGUUUCACACAUAAACCGGAUUAUCUUACGAAACCGUUUUCAUAUCUUAAACUAUAAAACUAGACUUAUCAACGGAAUGAAAUAUCAUGCAAUUCUUAAACACCAAACAAAAACGUAGUAAGCCAGGAAGAAAAGCUAUUACCCGGUAUAGUCAAAUUUUAUCACCCCAAAAUCACCUACUGGUAAAGUAAAUAUUCCAGAUGAUAACUUUGCAAAGAGAAAUUACAAAAUAGAUACGUUUCCUUCUUACAGGUCCAAAUGUGAAAAUUUUGGAACGGUUUUCACUUUUGCCUGAAAAUCAAUUUUGUCAAUUUCGAAAACUGUUAGUGCGCAAUUAAAGUUUUUGCGCGGCCUUUUUUCUCUGCAUGAGUUUGAUAUAGUCCUUCCAAAUGCAGCGGACAAUUAAGCCUAACAAAGCAAUGUGGAAUAAUUGAUUAUUGAAUGCUUUUCUGUCAGGUUCAUGGGCCGAGCCAAGGUGCAUCUUGGAGGUAUGAUCAGCGGCGCCAAGGAAAUUAAGAAGACUUUGACGCUGACCGACAAAAAGGAUAAUCCCCUCGAGGUAUGUUCCGACGUAAAACUCUGUUGUGUUUAA